UGUAUACGUUAAUCGCGCAGUCGAUCAUCAGGCUUCGAGAGGGUCGCUUCGGGCUGGGGAGCUGCUGCGCUGCGGACCUUCAUAGGGUGGUCGAGCAUUUUUAUGGGGACUAAAAAAGACCACCGUGCUACAGUAAUUUCAGGCUCGAAUGUUUUAAGAUGUCUGGCAAGGUCGCGGCAAUAUUACUAAGUACCGUGGAAAUUCCACGUCCACGCGGUGUUAAAAAUAUUCGUGAAAGUGCACUUUCAAGGCACCAGGUCGUGGUGGAAUUACAAGUCCGAUGUUCUAAAAGAAUCGCUCUAUACCCGUAAAUUUCUAAGUGAAUUUUUCAUCGUAUAUUUUAUUUGAGAGCCGCAGAAGAUGAGGGCACCCUGUCUGGGUGGAAUUUGCGAGAAAAGUGUUAUUAAAUUGGAAUAUCUUUCCUUUCUUUUGUGCAUGUGACAGGGAAUAUCAAGCAGCGCAACAGCUCCGGGUAACUCAUUGCGUGGUGUCGUUGUCGAUCGCGCAAGGCAAUUAAGAGGAAACCUUUCCUCGGAAGGUGUCACUCACAGAAAUAAUCCUCUAUCGCUGCACGCGCCGCGCGUCGUCAUUAUACAGUCAAAGGAGGCUGGUUCAUUUAUUCACGAAACCAUCUUCCAAGGCACUCGGGUGUUUGCGAGCAGCAUAAUACGUAAAACUCCGCGAACUCCGUUUGCGUCGCGCUUUGUCGCGCUUUGCGUCUCCGCUUGGGCCUCGCAUCACCUCUGAGCUGUUGCUUCCGAGUAACCGAUGCGCGGCUUACGAUCGAGUAAAUGCACAUUAUAGAACCAAAUGAAGGUGAUAACUCCAUUAGUAAAUCCCGCUCUCAAGGCAUUCCAGUCCCGUGCAGUUCCGCGUCUUUCGUCCUGGCAUUUCAACCCUACACCGUGUCGCAAUACUCGGUCUCGAUUUCGCUCGUCGCCGGGAAAGGUGUAAUUUCUCGAUUCCCGUCGUCCGGGCGAACGCGGAAUCGAACAAAGUGCCGAAACAUUUGCUCGCGAGGCUUGAACAACGGUGAUCGUGUUUAACGUGGAGAAUCGCGCACGGUUACUCGCUUAGCGCGUGCUUUGAGCAGCUCGACGUUCUCAGCCUUCGUUAACGCCGAUAAAUCAUGAUAACGAUCGAAUAAUUUAUAUGUACACGACGAGUGUAAGCAUCAUGGACUCGCGGUGAUUAUUUCAGAAGUAUUAAUCGUCGUUCAAUGGAGCGCAAUGAAGGCGUGCAAAGCAGGCAACAAGAAGGCCGGCAAAGAGGCCGGCAGAGAGCCCCACAAGGAGACCUACAGGGAAAUCAACGAGGAGAACCACAAAGAGAUCAACAAAGAGAUCGGCAGGGAGGUCGCCAAGGAGGCCCGCAAAGAGGACGAAAAAGGAAAACGCAAGCGGUCCAUCAAGGAUAAGAUCGUCGAAGGGGAAGAGUACGAUUGCAACGAAGUCAAGAGAAAGGCGAUGGAUGUCCAUCCCUUGUCUAGAGAAGAGACUCCUCGUCUCCCAAAGACGACUCCUAUCACGGAAGACUACGAGAUCAGCAAUCACGUCCUAGGCCUCGGUAUCAAUGGGAAGGUGGUCCAAUGCUACGACAAAACCUCGCGGCAGAAGUAUGCCCUUAAGGUGUUGCACGAUUGCGUGAAGGCGAGAAGGGAAGUGGAACUGCACUGGAGAGCAUCGAACUGCAAGCACAUAGUUCAAGUUAGGGAUGUUUAUGAAAAUUCAUAUAGCGGUAACAAAUGUCUACUCGUCGUUAUGGAAUGUAUGGAAGGAGGAGAACUUUUCCAAAGGAUACAAGACCGACAAGACGGCGCCUUCACGGAGAGAGAAGCUGCCCAGAUAAUGUAUGAAAUAUGUGUGGCAACGAAGCACCUCCACGAUAUGAAUAUUGCCCACCGAGAUCUCAAACCAGAAAACCUUUUGUACUCGAAACCUGACCGCGCAGGAAUCUUGAAAUUGACGGACUUCGGUUUCGCUAAGGAAACGCACUUGAAAAAUACAUUGCAAACACCAUGUUACACGCCCUACUAUGUUGCCCCGGAAGUUCUGGGACCAGAAAAGUAUGACAAAAGCUGCGAUAUCUGGUCUCUCGGAGUGAUUAUGUACAUACUAUUAUGCGGCUUCCCGCCAUUUUACAGCAAUCAAGGAUUGGCUAUUUCGCCGGGAAUGAAGAAGAGAAUCAGAUUAGGACAGUACGAUUUCCCCGCACCUGAGUGGUCCAACGUUAGCACAGAUGCUCGCGAUUUAAUUAAGAAAAUGCUCUGUACCGAUCCUGCCAAGAGGUUGGAGAUCGAACAAGUCAUGCAAAACAAAUGGAUCGCUAAACACACCGAAGUGCCACCAACACCACUGCAUACGGGGCGUGUAUUGCGAGAAGGAGAAGAACUGUGGCCCGAAGUUCAAGAAGAGAUGACUCGGUCUUUAGCUACCAUGCGCGUUGACUAUGACACAGCUGGACUUAAACAAUUAGAUCAUACGAACAAUCCUCUUUUAAUCAAACGCAGACGUGCUAAACAGCUGUCCGCAACUGCCGUCCCACAGCCUGCAAAUCCUACUCCGAUUUCCUAGGAGGAAGCCCCGAACUUAAGGGACGAUCAGAAUUGGGUUGUCUUUUUGCGCAGGUGUAUCAGGUACAGCCUGUUUACGAUGAGAAUCGUCUUUUGACGUUUACACCUGUUCUGACGAAGAUGGCCUCGAAGUAAAGUUAGGAUACGGAGAAUGUGAAUGAACGACGUCGUUUCAUCGUGGACGUAGAAAAUUCGCACUAAAUCCUGAAAGUUUGGAUUCGGAUCAAGAAAGCAAUUUUUGGAGCUCUGCAGCUAUUUUAGUUUUGGUAAAACGCGAAAGGUCUAAAGAAUGGUCAAGUCCGAAGUACACAAAAGUAAUCGGAAUGAUUUUACGUAAGGAAUGGAUAACUCGAAAGAGGACAUAACUGGAGUGACGAAACGUAUUAUUUAUCCUGCGAAAGGAGAGAACUUCAUGAAGAAGUCAAGAUACAGACUGUGUACGGAGGCGGAGUUGGAGUAAUGUCUCGUGCGCGUUCACGCGACGACAUUGGAGUUAUUAAUACAAAAGGUCACUUCCUGUGGAAAGAUUUUACUUGUGAAUGACCCGUAUUACUUUUAAGUGACAUCUGUGAAUAUACAUCACAAAGAAGGCAGUACAUAUUUCCAAGUUGCAGUACCAGCUUGUUGUUGAGGUGCUACUUAAACUGAUACGCAUUUAAAAAUUUAUUUGAAUCAAUGAAAGAGGGAUUACAAAGUUUCCUUUGUAUACAUCGUUUGUUACAAACUGGCAGGAUUGAGUACUAUUUUAAAUGGUAUUUUGUCCUUCAUGCGGAACGUAAUAAUACUUGAGUUAGUACAGUACCCUAUCUCAAUUACGAACGGGUUGUAGAUAUAAUGAGUCAUAUGAACCGUACAUUGCAAUCUUCGUUACUGGGAGACUACGAAAAACAUCUCUAAUUAUAUAAAUGUUCUACGACGUUACGGGAAGUUACUAGGCAUCGUUUAGGAGUAUAGUUUCAUGCAUAGAUCAUGCAUUAUUAAUCAAAAUGAUUAAAAAUCACAAAAAUUAAAAUUUAAGUUUAAGUGAAAUUGACGCACCAAUCUAUUCCUAUAAAAAGCAAAAUUAUUUCGCGGUCUUUACGUAUAUUGUAUUUUUCUGCGCUCCUCGAACAUUUCAAAUCUUUAUCCCUUUGGAAUACGUCAAGUAUUCUAACACAAUUAUUUCAUAUGAUCAUAUUUAAUCAGCAUUCAAAUAUUGGAACAAUCAAUCUCCCAUCGCCUUACAUUCUCGAUGAUAAAAGAGGCUGGUCUCCAUUUUGGUCAUACCGCGGAACAAUAAAGAAAAAAUGCAAUUAUAAUUAACUUAAAAAGGAUUAACAGAGGUAAGAUAAAUUUCUCGCCUGUACAUAUAUGCACUCAAUGUCAAUGAAAUUGAGUGACUAUAUAUCUAACUUCAUAAAUAGUUCAACGAUAAAUAAAAUUAAUUAUUGCAGUAAAGAUAUUCUAUUUUUUAAACAAUGUUCUGACUGAGGCUGAGUGUCGUUAAGAAGCUGUAUUUAGUAUCUAAACAGACGCUCGUAGAUAAUAUGUUAGAUUAAAAACUACUUAUAGAAACGUUAUACCGAAUGUUCCCUAAGGUUACGAAUUCAUGUAAUUCCGUUGAAAAAAUUGCGGUACUGUUUCAACUCAAAAAAGUUCCAAUAGAUAGGAAUAACUUGUAAGCCACAUCAGUUAAAAACGUGUUGCAUAAUAAUGACAAUUUACAAUUCUAAGAAGCAUACCGGAACAUAUAUGGAACACUAAAAGAGACAAUAAGAAAUAUUCAGUACUUACUGCAACCAUCGCGUCCAAUUCAACUAAAGCUCUGCAUAUAAUUACUGCCUUGUCAGAAAUAAAUAUUCAUAUAUUUCUAUGUGAAACAAAGUAGCGUUUAAGGCAUUCAACCACCUGAUCGAACCGAUUCAUAAUGUUGACAUUCUAUUAGCCCAUGCGAAUGAGAUCGCUAAAAUAGUCUUAAUAGCUAUUUAGUAUGAAAUGGUGCGAAGCGGUUCCUGCGAUCAUGCUUAUCAUGUAAGAACUACAGCACGACGUAUGCGGCUCGAUAACUUAUAACUUAAGUAAUCAAGUCUGGUCGAUUUAGUAGAAUAAGCAAUGGCUACUUCAUGAAUAAAAUAUUAAACCGCAAUAUUAAA